GUGAGGUCACGCAAUAUGGCGGUGAGGAGCUGAGGGGGGUGAGCGGUUUGCGCUGUGUGGAAUCCGCGGCCAUCCACCUCGGGAGCUGUGGCGGACGCGCUGAGCUUCUCGCUGGCAUCAACCGGAGGACCCAGAGCCACGAUGGCGUCAGGAGCCGCAGGGCUGUGAGGCAGCAGAGCGAGAGCCGGCAGGCCGGGCAGGGCAGCAGAAUCAGGUCGCGGACGAAGCAGGUUGCCACCAUGGAGCUGAGGGUUGGGAACCGGUACCGGCUGGGCCGGAAGAUCGGGAGUGGCUCCUUUGGGGACAUCUACCUGGGAACUGAUAUUGCUGCUGGAGAGGAGGUUGCCAUUAAGUUGGAAUGUGUGAAAACCAAACAUCCUCAGCUUCACAUCGAGAGUAAAAUCUACAAAAUGAUGCAGGGUGGAGUCGGCAUUCCCACAAUUAAGUGGUGUGGAGCUGAAGGGGACUACAAUGUAAUGGUGAUGGAGCUGUUGGGACCGAGUCUUGAAGAUCUCUUUAAUUUUUGUUCAAGAAAAUUUAGUCUCAAGACAGUUCUAUUACUUGCUGACCAAAUGAUAAGUCGAAUUGAAUAUAUUCACUCUAAGAACUUCAUCCACCGAGAUGUGAAGCCAGAUAACUUCUUAAUGGGCCUGGGGAAGAAAGGCAAUCUUGUCUACAUAAUAGACUUUGGACUAGCAAAGAAGUAUCGAGAUGCUCGAACUCACCAGCAUAUUCCAUAUCGUGAAAAUAAAAACUUAACAGGAACUGCCCGUUAUGCAUCCAUCAACACUCAUCUUGGAAUUGAGCAAUCUCGCAGAGAUGACUUGGAGUCCUUGGGCUAUGUACUGAUGUAUUUUAACCUGGGCUCCCUCCCCUGGCAGGGACUGAAAGCAGCAACAAAGAGGCAGAAAUAUGAACGUAUCAGUGAAAAGAAAAUGUCUACACCCAUUGAGGUUUUGUGUAAAGGAUAUCCUUCUGAAUUUGCCACAUACUUGAAUUUCUGCCGUUCUUUGCGUUUUGAUGACAAACCGGACUAUUCCUAUCUAAGGCAAUUAUUCAGAAACCUCUUCCACCGACAGGGGUUCUCCUAUGACUAUGUGUUUGACUGGAACAUGCUGAAAUUUGGGGCAAGCAGAGCGGCUGAAGAUUCUGAACGUGAAAGGCGAGAACGAGAGGAAAGAUUGAGACAUACACGAAAUCCAGCUGUGCGUGGAAUACCCUCCACUGCUUCUGGCAGGCUGAGAGGAGCACAAGAUGUAGCUCCUCCUACUCCUCUUACCCCAACUUCACAUGCUGCCAACACUUCCCCUCGACCUGUAUCUGGUAUGGAGCGAGAAAGGAAAGUGAGUAUGAGAUUGCAUCGUGGUGCCCCAGUCAAUAUCUCGUCAUCUGACUUAACAGGCAGACAAGAUACCUCUCGCAUGUCGACUUCACAGAAUAGCAUUCCUUUCGAACACCAUGGCAAGUAGCUGCUCGUCUCCUUUCGUUGGAAGGCAGCACUGGAUUCCUGCUCGGGUAGCUACCAGUGUUCUCCAGUCUGCUGUGCACCGAUGAAAAUUAAUUUUGCCAUGGAGGGCAGACAAUGCAUGGCUGAUCUCCUAUGUUACCAAUGGCUUUACUAGCAAAAAUACCCUAAACUAGAGUGGAAACGUUACAAUUGGAGUUCUCCAUGUGACUUAAAAGCCACUUGGAGGAACAUAGACAGGCUCCAGCAGCUGCCAUUGCAGGACGCUUUUGCCAGAAACCCAGUGACCUUAAGAGAACCCUGGGGUAACAGGGCUGGAAGAGAAGGAUGGUUUACAAAGUUGGACCGCCUGUUAUCGGAUGGCCAUUUCAAUUUUCCCUCCACAGGCGGCAGACUUUACCCCCUUUGUAUUAUUCUACUGUAACUAUAAAUCUUUUGCUUGGUUUAAAAGGGUUUUUUGUAUAAUUUUGCUAAAAUUAUUGGCUUAAUUCUCUGUAAAGAACUCCUUGCUUUUGUCUGAUUUAAAGAUGUAGAAUAUAAACAAACCUAAAUUAAAGAUGAUGACUUGAAAUUUCUUGUUUAAACAAAAACAAUUAGUCUGGCAGGGAACUUGUAAAUGAAUCAGAACUACGUGACUUUAUUUAAACUGUUUGCUUGUUUCUGUGGUCCCAUUCUGACUAAGAAGGUUAUCUCAUGGAAACUUAAAAACUGUUAGAAUUUUACUUUGCUGUUUGCUGUCUUCAUUCACACUUAACAUUUAACUUCCGUGUUACCCAAAGGAAUUUUUAAGUAUUUGUUCCUUUUCAUAAAAGAGAACUAAAUACCCUGCAGAAGAGUCUAAGUAUAGUAGAGAUGGUAAUAAUGGAAGGUUGUUUUUUUUAGGGGGCGUUGGGGGUUGGUUUUUUUGGGUGGUUGGUUGGUUUCCUUUACAGUAUAUGAAGGGCAAAGUGAAAAACUGGCAUUUAAGGGAUUUAUAAUUUGAAAGCUUGUCCAGUGUCUCUGCUUAUUUUGGGUAGAUGGAUAGUUUCAGACUUGGUUUUUACUGGUAAAUUUUGCUUCCUGCACUCAGGCUGGUUAGCUUGGAGGGUAUCGUAAGUCAAAAAUAAAUGCUGAUACUGAGUCUUCAGUGAAUUUGCACUUUUCAUUCUUCAUCUACAUCUUUAAAAAUAAAUAAAUAGUUUCAGGCCUUCUGUUUCAUGCCAAGACUCAAAGGAUAAAUUAUUUUCUAAAAGCAGACAAACAAAGCAAACCAUUCUUGCUGUGAAAUCCUGAGAAUUUUUGCAAUUCAGAUGCAUGCCAUAUUUUAUUCUCAACUGUAUUCAGCCUGAGUAUACCCUGAAUCAUUAGCUAGGAAUGAGUGAUUCAAGAUGCUUAGGUAAUCAAAAAAACUGUUGCAGGUACUGUUAGCACCUGUUGCUUAUGGAAUGUGGGAGACUGUUCAUAUUGUUCAUUGCUGUAAAUGGUAUCAUAAAAUAUACCUGAAACAGUCUCAUAAAAGUAGGUAUUCUGUCCUCAAAGAACUUGAAACAGUAUCAGAAGUACUGUUUGUAUGGCUGUGACUGAAGUAAUGAGAAGUUCCAGAUUGGAAAUGAAAGUAUAUAUGGAGCUUUUGUUUGAACAGUUUAGGGUAUUUUGAAGGGGAGUGGGAGGGGGGAACAAACCCCAAAACCAAAUAAAACCAAAGCAAAUGAAAAUCUUUUUUGUAAGGCCUGUUGGUCUUCAAAUUUUAUGAUGAGUAGUUUUUAUUGUUUUGGUGUUUACAAAUUCUUUUCUGCCCCUCUCAAAAGUCCAUGUUAAGUAUUAGUAACAUCAUCUACUCACUUGUGUGUAUUCUGGGUGUGACUCCGGAAACCUGUGUUUGGGGAGAGUAUAAUGGAAAAGCUUAAAAGUUCGAUCCAUGGAUAAGUUUGCGUAAGGUAUUUCCUCAGUUGUUAUAAACUUCAAUAUUCUAGGCAUGUGCACUACCAUUUGGACAGUUUUACACUUCACUGUGCUUUCUUUGUAAAUAUCUGUGGUCUAUAAUGUACCGUUAGAGGGACUUACAAAGGCAGCCUCUUUAUUCUCUCUGUAUCUAGAACAUUAGAUUGCUGUACUAUACUUAAAAGUUGACUGCAGACUUCUAGAACUGUACUCACUUGUGGGCAAUUUUUGUCCUUCGUAAUAGUUAAAUUUCACGAUGCAGAAAAUAGUUAGACUGUCUAUAUAAACCUGUGUAUUGGAAACCAGUAUCUGGGAAUACUUCAUUUGUACUACCACUGUAUUUGUGUACUUUAACAAUUGUGUAAAUACAUUCGUAACAACUUCUGUU